AUGAGCCAGCUUUCAAGCGAGAGAGUGAUAGAUUCUGAUUCUGAUCUCUCUGAUCAGGAGCUCUCUGGUUUUCGACCACCUAGAGGAUUCACGAAGGUGGAAAAUUUGGAAAUAAUGGGAAACCUGUCGCCGAAAACUUUGAAAAAUAAAGAAAUCUGGCUGAUUCAGGUGCCUUCAGACUUCAAUAUCAAAAAACUCAAAAAGCUCCCUGUGAAUCUUGGAGUUGGUCAAACAACUGAGUUCAAGGUGAAAGAUACCGACUAUGCAUUGAACGAAGACCUUGCGGCGGCAGAGCAGAGCGUCUUAAAGAGAAGGUAUAAAAUAAUGAGCGCACAAAACAAAAACUCACUUCAACCUGUUCCCAAACUGGAGGUUUCGAGAUUUUACAGUGUAUCGGAGAAGGUCAAGAUUCCAGAGAUCAACUACGCGAAGGUAGUGACCCAAAGACAUGAUGUGGAGCAACAUGCCGAUUUAAGAAUGAGGCAUUUUCCAACAGGAUAUGGCAGAGACAAUUAUGAGGAGGCUAAAAAGGAGGAUAAAUCUGUUGCCACACCAAAACCACAAAAGAGAAAGAGCGAGGACUCUCCAAAGAAGGAGAAAAAGCAUAAAAAGGAUAAAAAGAAGAAAGACGCAGAAGAUUAG